AUGUUGGAUAUAACAGACGACACCGACUUGGAUGCGUCACAGACUACUGAUAAGGAAGAAGAUCCUAAUGACUGGCUAUCUUCUUUGCCGGAUAAUGCUGGUAAAGUCCGUGACAUAUCGUUGCAGGCAUUUUGGACUUUGUCAAGUUGUAAGACUGAUGGGUUUGGAGUUCAUCAGUUACUGGAAGACAGCGUUGACCAGUACUGGCAAUCGGAUGGUCCUCAGCCUCACACUGUAACUGUCGAAUUUCGAAAGAAAACCGACAUUUCUUUUUUGCUGUUGUACUUGGACUACAAGACAGACGAGUCGUAUACCCCGAGCAAGAUAACCGUUUAUCUUGGUUCAUCUAUUCUUGAUCUCGAUGAUGGUCUGACAGUGAUGUUUUCAGAACCUGUGGGAUGGCAAGUCGUAGAUUUAAGACACUUACGGUAUCGUUCGGAGAAACGGCCUGCAAGAGCAUCUGUUCUUCAACUUCAGGUCACUCAGAACCAUCAGAAUGGAAGAGAUACUCAUAUUAGACAAAUGAAAAUUCUCGGUCCUGGUCGUACACAACUAGACACUGACGCGAGAGCUUUGGUGGCUGCUGGAGCUGCUUUCAGUAAUAUGCCUUUAAAAUUUACUUCAUCAAAAAUGGCUAGUUAUAUAAGCUUUCGAUGA